AUGGCAAUAGAGAUCCAGAAACACCCAAGUAUUGAAGAGGUGGCGGUGCUCACCAUUCAGAGCACAGACACCUGGAUGACGCCCAUAAUAUCCUUCCUCCGAGACGGGCACCUACCUCAGAAUACUGACGAAGCCAGAAAGGUCAAAAAGAGAGCAGCCAGGUUCACGAUCCUAAAUGACGUCUUUUACAAGAGAGGCUUCUCUAUGCCUUAUCUAAAGUGCGUCGACGAGGAUGAGGCCAAAUACAUCCUAGAAGAAGUAUACGGAGGAGUCUGUGGCGACCAUGCCGGCUCCAGAUCCCUAGUCAACAAGGUGAUAAGAGCAGGGUACUUUUGGCCAACCAUGCAGGGGGAUGCUGUUGACAUCGUCAGAAGGUUCGGGAUUCCCGUGACGAUCAUAUCUGAUAAUGGGAGGCAGUUCGACAGCCAAGGCUUCAGAGACUUCUGCUCGGACCUCGGGAUCAAGAAUCAGUUCUCAUCCCCGGGACACCCCCAGGCAAACGGACAGGCGGAAGUAACGAACAGGACGCUGCUCAAGAUAAUCAAAACCAAGCUGGACGAAGCAAAAGUUGCCUGGCCAGAAGAACUACCUAGUGUCUUGUGGGCAUACAGGACUACAGCUAGAACCCCAACAGGAGAGACACCCUUCAGGCUUACCUAUGGCACAGAGGCAGUAAUCCCAGUAGAAGUUGGAGUAACAAGCAUCAGACGAGGAACUUUCAGAGAUGGACUCAAUGACGAGGAACUGCGGUUCAACCUGGAUUGCUUGGAUGAACCAGUACUGGUCAACCAUGAGGUCUAUGAAUCACUAAGUAACAAGAUUCCGCCUUGA